GGUGAGGGCGUGGGGAAGGGUGGGGUGAGGGGGCGAGGCCGCGGCGGGGGCGGUGAAAGGCUCCUCCGCUCAGCCCCACCGCGUGGGACGGCGCGAACGCGGUGUCGGAGGGAUGUCCGCUUUCUCUGAGGCGGCGCUGGAGAAGAAGCUGUCGGAGUUGAGCAACUCGCAGCAGAGCGUGCAGACCUUGUCCCUGUGGCUCAUCCACCAUCGCAAGCACUCGCGGCCCAUCGUCACCGUGUGGGAGCGGGAGCUGCGGAAAGCCAAACCGAACAGGAAGCUUACUUUUCUCUACCUAGCUAAUGAUGUCAUUCAGAACAGCAAAAGGAAGGGGCCAGAGUUUACAAAAGAUUUUGCACCAGUUAUAGUGGAGGCCUUUAAGCAUGUUUCCAGUGAAACUGAUGAAAGUUGUAAGAAGCACCUUGGAAGAGUGCUAUCUAUUUGGGAAGAAAGGUCUGUUUAUGAAAAUGAUGUGUUAGAACAACUUAAGCAAGCUCUUUAUGGUGACAAGAAGCCUAGGAAACGAACGUAUGAGCAGAUAAAGGUGGAUGAGAAUGAAAACUGUUCCUCUCUAGGAUCUCCAAGUGAACCACCACAGACUCUAGAUCUCGUUAGAGCAUUGCAAGAUCUAGAAAACGCAGCUUCUGGUGAUGCAGCAGUUCAUCAAAGGAUAGCUUCUUUGCCUGUUGAAGUUCAAGAAGUAUCCCUUCUAGAUAAAAUAACAGAUAAAGAGUCUGGAGAAAGACUUUCUAAAAUGGUAGAGGAUGCUUGUAUGUUGCUGGCAGACUACAACGGCAGGUUGGCGGCUGAAAUAGAUGAUAGGAAGCAGCUCACUCGAAUGUUAGCAGAUUUUCUUCGUUGUCAAAAGGAAGCCCUUGCAGAGAAAGAACAUAAAUUGGAAGUAUUGGACAUGGGCGUAUCUUCUAAUGAUGUCAUCAACCUUAGCAUAUUCUUCCUGCUAAAAAUAAAUAUCAAACUCCAAAGCCUGAAUUGUCUCAUGUUUUUGAAAAUUGAAGACCGAAACUUCAUUAUUCCACUUCAUACUGCUUUCCCACUUAAACUGGUUAUAUAUCACUGAUUACAAAAAUAGCAUUUAUCUUUGAAAUGUGUAGAAAAAUGAUCAGAUACCAUCCGACCUAACCUCCUCUUAUCCCAGUGCCUUCCAGGAAGCCAGAUUUCGUGAUUGACAAUUACAGGUAGUGAGGCUGAUGAUAAUAAUGGCAGUGAAAUUUACCGUAUGUUAGGUACUAUUCUGAUCACUUCACGUAUAUCAACUGAUUUAAUCCUGUGUAGCAGGAAACAUUUUUAUACAAAUUUUAUAAAUAAAGGAAAUGGAAGGAGAUUAAAUAAUUUGUUCAAGGUCAUAAAGAGGUAGUGAAUUGCUUAGAACCCAAGCAAUCUGCCUCCAGAAUGAAAAUUUUGCUUCCAGUUUUUGCUUCAAUGUAAGAUUAUAGCAGCAGCUAAAGCCCUAUCUCUGUUUCCUCCCUCCUUAGAGAUAGUCACUUUUCUCAAAAUAAGGUGUUCUAAGAACUUUUUUGUUGUGUUUUAGAAUGACUAGAUUUUUGUUACCAUAAAACACCUAAAUUGUGUCAGAUGUUUCUUACAAGUAAAAAAUACUUAGAUUUCUAAUAAACUAGGGAGUUGUUCCGUAGCACUCUUUGUAAAUUAUCAUUUAUAACUAGGUGAUUCUUCUGUCAGAAGAUGUGAAAAUAAUUUGAGUUUUUUAGACAUGUUUUGUGCCAAAUAGGUGGCAGCCCUUUGAAGUUGAGACUGAGAGGUCAGCUCAUAUCAGCUGUGAUAGCAUCACAUAGUUUUCACUUGUCAGGCAUCCUUGAACAUUAAGUGUGAUUGACCAGGUAUUGACAUGUCCUUAAUUGCUCUUAAAAAGAAGGAGGGAUUAUAAAUAAAGUAUCGGUUCAGGAAUUGGCUAUUUCAUAUUUCUUAAGGAAGCCAGUAUUAAAACAUUUGUAAUCAAUGAAAACAUGAAGUGUUUUAAAAAAUUUUUGAAAAUUAUGAGUCAUUUUUUAGACUUGUAACUGUAGCUGGUUAUUAAAGCAGGUAACUUUUCUUUUGAUGAUACAGUUGGUAUAAAAAACAGGCUUUUUAAAAAUACCUAUUUAUCUCAUGAUACUUUGAUCAAUUUUAAAUUGGUAGACUUCCAUAGAAAAUUGGAAAUCAUGGUUUGAUGGCUCUUAAAAGGAGAAAUCAAAUCAUAAUGCCAAGUUAUAGAAGUCAGGGUGGGAAAGCUGUCAGAGAGGAUAGUGUUUAUCCUUUGCAGUCUUUUAUCAGUAUAUUCAGAUUUACCUGAUUUUAAAAAAUGAGGACAUAAUAUUCAUGGUAUGAAUAUUGUUUGUUUACGUCUGUCCCUCAUGGUGUCAGAUUGUACCCACUGAGGUGUUUUUAUUAGUUUUGUGCAUUACAGCUAGUAUUACAGAGGACAUCCUGUUGAUGUAGGUUUGUUUAGUUGUGCUAGUAUAUAUCUGUAGGAUUGAGUCUCAGAAGUAGAAUAGAAUAGCUGGGUCAAUAAGAAUGACUGGUUAAAUGUUGAUUUUGCUUUUUUCAACUCCUUGAAGUGGGAGUGCAUCUUUUCCUGCACAACCUCACCCAAUACUGAAGUCAGUGAUCUUUAAAAUUUUUGCCUAUCUGGUGCAAAAUCAGAUGGUCCAGUGGUUAAGACUUAGCCUUCAAUGCAUGGGGUGUGUGUUCACUCCCCAGUCAGGGAAACUUAAGAUCUCACAUGCCUCCUGGCCAAAAAACCAAAACAGAAAACAGAAGCAAUAUUGUAACAAAUUCAAUAAAAACUUUAAAAAUGAAUCAUAUAAAAAAUUACAAUUUUUUUGCAUAGCUGAUAGGUUAAAAAUAUUUUUUUUUGUUUGCUUAGGUUGGUCGUUUAAAAAUAUUUGUUAGCCACUUCAUUUCUGCUGCAAAUUUCCUGUAUCUCUUUAACUUUGGUUCUAGGUUUAUGGUUCCGUGACAAAUUAAUAUUUGUCUUUGCCUUUAUAAAUUCUAGGUUUUUUGAAUAUAGUUAGGAUUGCCUUCUCAAUUCAUAAUUAGAAAAAUACUAUACAAGUUUUCUGUAGUUUUUUUCCCUAAUAAUUUUAUCCAUGAGGACUUUUUGUUCAUGAUAUAUAUGAUAUAGGGAUAUAACUAACUGUUUGAAAGUGAUAGUAAAUGUCCCCUUGUCAUUGAUUAAUGACUAGUCAUUUAAUGAUAGUCUAUUUUGCUGUAUUUUAAAAUAUAAUUUUGAUCAUAUUUAUUUCUGUAUAUACAUGUAUAUUUGUGAAUGUAGUCAUUUUUCUAUUCUACUGGCCUAUUUGUUUUACAUGCAUUUAAUUACUUGGUAGAUUCUUGUUUUUAUUACUUUUUGUUAUUUUUCUUGUCUAAUUUUUUCUAAUGAUUAUUGUGCUUAUGAAUUCUUCCCUCUUACUGUCUUAUUUGUAUUUGCCUUUAUUUAUAAUUAAUAUUUUAAAUGACAUCUUCCUAAGUAGACAUUUCUUAAUUUACUUGGCAUUUUCAAGAGUGCUUGCUUUUAUAAAAUUUUUUGCUUUCCAGAAAGUUUAAUUUCCAUUUUUUAAAAAUGCAUAAAGGUAAAUUUUGUUUUGCUUGAAACAUUUAGUGAUUAGAAACGCUUAUAUCUCUCAAUAUAAGAAAUAAGAAUAUUUUAAAUAUAUAGCACUGAAGAUGCAGAAUUAAAGAUUUUGAAAUGCUAAAGGUGUUUGCAUGUAGCUUUUCGAUUGUUAUUUAUUGAUUUAUCAAAUUACAAGAAUCAUUCAAGGGCAUAGUAGUAAGAAUAUGGAGAACUGCUUAUGGAAUCUUUAGUUAUUUAUUUAUACUUUGUCUUUCCAUUGAAAUCAUACUGAUUUCAUUAAAAUUUAAAAUUAACUUAAUAAGAUGGAGCUAUAUGAAUUUUUUUUAAAGAAGCAAAUGUUACUAGUGUCCUAAUUAGAUUAUUUUUUGAGGCUGAAAUAUCAUUUAAGUUUAAAACUGCUAUGGUUAAUAUAUCCAUUUUUCAAGGAUUAUGUAAUCUUUUAAUUAUUUUUAAUAACUAUUCCAGUAAGCUGUUUUCAUCAUGGGAGAAAAGCUGUAUAAGCAAAAGGCUUAUUAGCCUUAUGUAUUGGGUCCAUGUAUUUUGCCUGUUAUCCUUUUCAGGUGAUAUAUGCAUCUUAUCAUGUGACUAUUUUCUUUUUUAGUGUGUGGAUAUAUCAUAACUAUCUGUUCUUUAUGACUGUUUCCAUUGGUUUGAUACUAUAAACAAUAUUGUAGUGAACAUUUUUUUUUUUCUGGCCGUACUGCAAGGCUUGUGGAAUCUUAGUUCCCUGACCCCUCAGCAAUGAAAGCACUGAGUCCUAGCCACUGGACUUGCAGGGAGUUCCCAGUGAACAUCUCUUUUAUUAACUCCCUACUCACUUACCUCUUGUGAUAAAUUCCUAAAGAUGAAAUUGCUGAUUCAUGUUAAAGACUUUCAGUAAGAUUAUAUUAGGUCAGUGUCUUUGAUGAUUCUCAGAUAAUCGUUAAUCUGUAUAGGUCUUCUCUUCUGGGCCAUGGCUUUUCUCUAGAGAAAAUGGUUCACAUUUGCUCAGUAGCUAACAUAGGACAUCUGUGUUCAGAGCAGUGCCUCACCUCUUAUCUGUGUGAUUCCGAUCCUCAGGAGCAGGUCUUUGGCUUAGUUUCUUAUCCCUCAUCUUUUGGCUCCAUGGGAUGAGUUUUAACAGAUUGAUGGAAAGAUGUAUCUGUUUGGUCUUCAUUGUCAAAACAAGGCUCACCAUUACAUUUCAAGGAGCUUGGUGCCUCAGAGUCCUCAGAAUGUCCAAACUUCCUCAGGAUGAAUUAUGUUACCCUUGGUCAUUAUCCCUUGUUUCAUUUUUUUUCUGUUUUCUAAAACUUCCAGGACAUCUGUAUACUGUGGUUCCUCCUUUUUCCUUGUGGGUUUCUGCCUUGAUAGCUUGUUUUAUUAUUUUAGUGACUUUUGGGGAGGGAGUGGAGUUCAGUUUGUUAUGUAAACGGAAGACCUUUCGUGUCUAAUUAAAUAGAAGUAAUAAUAUAUGUUUCAUAACUCCUGCUAGACCACACUGUUGUCUGUUGCCUCUGUUGUUUUAACAGCUGAGGUUCCUGUGCCUUCUCUUAACUCUGCGUCACAGGAGCUAGAUUGGUGUUUUGAGAAGAAAACAGGUCUCAUCAGGCCCCUGUGUAAAACUCUCCAAUGCUUCCUAUUACACUUUUGGAUCUUAUUUAGACCCCAUACAUGGCCAGUGAGAUGACUAGUCUCACGUCUCUGUUAACCUUAUCUUGUAACGUCUCAGAGGCAUCAGUUUAAGCAGAUGAAGCAAGUUUUCACACCAGGGCUUAUGCUUUGCCAGUUGCUACCAAAGUGGCUGCAGUGCUGUCUCCUGGUCUUUACUUCCGUGCUAGUCGCUUCAGCUGUGUCAGACUCUGUGCGACGCUGUGGACUGCAGCCUGCUAGGCUCCUCCGUCCAUGGGAUUCUCCAGCGAGAAUGCUGGAGCGGCUUGCCAUGCCCUCCAGGGGAUCUUACCAGCCCAGGGAUCAAACCCACAUCUCAUGUCUAACCUGCAUUGGCAGGUGGAUUCUUCACCACGAGCGCCACCUGGGAACUUGGUUCCUUUUUUUUUUCAUUCCUGUAUCACCUCCUUAGAACCCUUGUCUCAUUAAAUUCCACCUACCCUUCUCCUGAUUACAUUGCUGAUAUAUUGCUUCCUCCCACUGUAUUACAUUAUCUUUUUUUUUUUUUUUUAAGUUUUCUUCAUGGAACUUAAACCACUGUUUGAAAUUUAAAACUUUAUUAUAUACUUAGUUAUAUCUGUAUAUGGCUGGAAUGUGAGUACCAUGAGAGGAAGAACUUUGUUUUUCAUAUUUAUUGUCAUACCUUAAGGGUUUGGAGCAGUACUUUUUUUCCUAAUAGGCAGGUGUUUUUGUUGAGUCAGUAAAAUGAUAGUUGGCCAUCAAAUGAUGAAUGAAUGAAUGAAUGCUAAUACAAAUACAGUUUGCAAGCAGUAUGUAAUCUUUGUAUUUUAAAUUUAUGAUUUCUUUUGUAAUUAAAUCAGAAAGAAUGACGCUUUGACAAAAUGAUUAAAGAUACUUGAGGUUUUUGAAGAAAAUUAUAUUCAGCAGAAAAUAAGUUAAUUUUUAAGUCAUAUUAGUAUAAGCCCAGUACUUUUUUAAAAAGGGGUUUUGUGUUAAAGGACUGUGGAUUCUAGAACUGCAGCUGAGAAUUUUGAACAAAAGAAUGAAAGACCAUUUUGGAAUUUUAAAAUUAUUUUACCUGUUUACUUUUUGUCUUUAGUAGAAUAACACUUUAAUGAUAUAUUAGAAAACAUGAAUAACAAACAGUAAUACUCAGCAGUCCAUAAGUGCUGAAUUUAUAAGCAUCACGGUGCUACCUGGUGGAAGAACUGUAGCUACAAAUGAAAUCAGUCCUCGUCUAUGUUUCUUCGUUUACGUAAAAAGAGGAACUAAACUCUAAUUGCUUUCUGCUUGUUAACUCCUUUGUGGAAGAGAACUCAUACCAGUAAUACCCUUCAAGAGAAGCAUUGUGAUUAUGGAAUUUAUGCAUAUAAAGCAGUUAGCACCCUGUGUAUAGUAAAGUGCUCAAUAACUGACAGCUGCUACAAUUAUUUCUUGUUACUGUAGCAGCUGAGAAUUAUUAGGAGUGAGAUGAGAUUGAAAAGUAGGUUGGGAUCAAAUUGUGAUGGGCUCUGGAUGGCUGGCUGAGCAGAUGGUUAUAACAGCCCAGAGGCCAGAGAGGACUUGUAGCAUUAGCAGUGUUUGGAAACCUGGUUGUAGUUGCCAAGUGGAUUAGAAUGGCAAGAGAUUUGCAAUAGGAAGACCAGAUAGGACUUAAUUGGAAAUUUUAUAUUGUGGGUAAUGAAGGCCUAAACUAUAGUUGAUGAUAGUAAAUGAGAAAAUAAAGGAAUGGGCAGGUAUGGGGAACAAUUGAAUCACCAUAAUUUGUUAAUUGGGUCAGAGGAGUAAGAGGAAUCAGUGAUAAAUUAGAUUGGAAACCAUGGUGCAAAUGAUUCUGGCAUUGACUAAAAGGAUAUUAAACUAGAGAGCUAGCUUGCUGCUGCUGCUAAGUCGCUUCAGUCGUGUCUGACUCUGUGCAACCCCAUAAACGACAACCCACCAGACUCCACCAUCCCUGGGAUUCUCCAGGCAAGAACACUGGAGUGGGUUGCCAUUUCCUUCUCCAAUGCAUGAAAGUGAAAAGUGAAAGUGAAGUAGCUCAGUUGUGUCCGACUCUUGGCGACCCCAUGGAUUGCAGCCUACCAGGCUCCUCCAUCCAUGGGAUUUUCCAGGCAAGAGUAAUGGAGUGGGGUGCCAUUGCCUUCUCCGAGAGCUAGCUUGAGGGGGCCAAUAAAUAUUAGUUCUUUUAAAAAAUACUGUAUGAGUAGUACAUGCUCCUCAUAGUUUAGAAACUAUUGGUAAGCACAGAUAUCACCUAAAGUCUCAUUCCUCUUGAAAUAACCCUUGACAAGAUUUGGAAGAUGGGGUCAGUCAUUGCAUUAGCAUGAAUGACAUUUUUAUACAUUGUCCUUUUUACAUGUGUACUGUAAAUAUUUUCCUGUGAUUCCAGAGAUUCUCGUUUAAUAUCUAGAUCAUACUCUGUUGUAAAGAAGUAUUUCUUUAGCCACCUGCCUUCUGUUUAGCAUUUAUUUUUUUCCAGUUUAAGAAUAUGCUUAUCUGUGAUCAUGGUUUCAUAAAUUCUUAGAAGUAGGGGAAAAAUGAAAAAGUAAUACAUGAUAUGAUUUUCAUGCUCAAGUUAGCUACAAGUUUAAGAAAAUGAAAUGGCAUCCUGUGCAAUGGCAAGGGGAGAUGGGAGUGGGUCUCUUACACUGUUGAUGUAAAUUCAUGUAUCACCCAUUCUUUGUGAAAGACAGUUGGCAAUAAAUACCAAAAGCCAUUAUUUUACAUAAUGUUUUUUUUUUUUUGCUUUUGCCCUAUUACCAAAUCCUUUAAAUUGCAUAAUACCCAGAAAAAUCUUUAGUGGGAUAAAUUCUGGGAGCAGUUAAAGUAAUGGUAUAGUUUUUUUUCUUUUACACUUAAAAAAAUUGUAAGAUAAAUAUACAGUUGACCAUCUUAACCAUUUUUAAAAGUGUGCAGUUCAAUACUGUUAGGUAUAUUCAUGUUCUUUUGUAGCCAGUCUGCAGAACUGUUUUCAUGUAGCAGCACUGAAACUAUACCCAUUAAUCAACUCCCCAUUCCCUAUCACCCCUGACAAACGGCCUCUGUGAAUAAGUCUAUACUGGAUAUAUAAUGUAAGUGUAAUCGCAAUAUUUGUCUUUUUGACGGCAGGGGCUUCCCAGGUGGCUCAGAUGAUAAAAGAAUUCACCUAGCAGUGCAAGAGACCCAGGUUUAAUCCCUGGGGUGUGAAGAUCCCCUGGAGAAGGGCAUGGCCGCCCACUCCAGUAUUCUUGCCUGGAGGAUCCCAUGGACAGAGAGGCUGCCAGGCUCCAGUUCAUGGGGUCGCACAGAGUUGCAAACUACUGAACAACUACCACUUUCAUUUCACUUAGGAUUAUAUUCUCUAGGUUCAUCCAUGUUAUAACAUAUGCCAGAAUUUUCUUUUUUAAAGAGUUUAUUUUUGGCUGUGCUGGGUGUUCGUUGCUGCUUGAGGGCUUUCUCUAGUUGCAGUGAGUGGGGCUUGUCAUUGCAGUGGCUUCUCUUGUUGCAGAGCAACAGGCUCUAGGGCACAUGGACUUCAGUAGCUGCAGUGCACAGAAUUAGUUGUCUCACAGCAUGUGGGAUCUUCCCAGACCAGGGGUUGAACCUUUGUCCCCUGCAUUGGCAGGUGGUCUCUUAACCACUGAACCACCAGGGAAGUCCAAGAAUUUUCUUUUUUAGGGCUGAAUAAUACUUUAUAAUAUGUAUAAACUUUUCUUUUUUUCCCCAAUUAUCCAUUAGUGAACACUGGAGCAGCUUCCACCUUUUGGCUAUUGUGAAUAAUGCUGCUGUGAACAUGGGUUCAUAGCAAAUAUCUUUUUGAGUCCCUGCUUUCACAUCUUCUGGGUAUAUACCCAGGAGUGGGAUUGCCAAGUCAUGUGGUAAUUCUGUUUUCCAUUUUUCUGAGAAACUGCCAUUGCCAUACUAUACCAUCUAUAAUGGCCACAGCUAUUUUGCAUUCCUACCAAUAAUGUACAGAGCUCCUCUUUUUCCAUAUCCCUUGUCA